AUGAAGUCAAAACGCUCAUCAAGUAAAAUACGUAACUCUGAACCUAUCGACGAUAUAUUGCGUCAUGUUGGCACUAAACAAUACCUAUUCCUGGAAACUCACAUAUGCACUAUUUAUCGAGUAACAUGUGCACCUGGAGAAUCCUUUACCGAAUCGAAAGCUUUGACGCUUAUGGAAAAGUAUCAUCGUAAAAGACAAGCCCACUGUAAUGCUGGUUUAUUGGAGGAUCGUUUUAGUUUGGAGCGUACAAAAACAACUGGGAAAAUACCAUUUCGUCCAUGGGUUUCAUACAGAGAAAUUGUUCACUUUUAUGUGAGUAAUACCAGACCAGAGUUUUUCGUGUUAUGCAUUGACUCACAAAGAAGUCUGCAAAAGUAUUAUGAGAUAUACAAGUGUAAAACUGCAGGAAAUGUUAGGAAAGUUGAAGAAUUAAUGCGACGAGCAAUGAAUGAUCCAGAUAAAAAACUACGUGAUGUUAACGCAUUAAGACAAGUGGCAGUAAAAGAUAGUGACCGAAUUCGUUCAUUGCCGAACUUUGAUGAGGAGAAUGUUCGUGAUACUGAGAUUGAUGAUCGGUCUCCUUCACCACCUUACCAUUAUCCAUCACCAGCACCAGUACGUAAAUUACCUUCUCCUGUCAUGGUAUCCCCUGUUAAACAAAUACAUGUAAAUGCAGCUGCACCUACACCUAGCCCACUGAUCAAUUAUGAACGAUAUAAUGUUGAUGAUUUAGAAAAUGUUACAUACAUAAAACUUGAUCCUACUAAAGGUCCAAUGAUAGACAAAGAAGGACCAAUUUAUAUGUUCUUCUCAAGACAAAUGAAUAAUAUAAACGAGAAAAGUCCAUACAACAGUUAUGUUAACCAUGAUGCUGCGUCUUGGAAUAAUGUAAGUAGAAAUAAUAACAUCUCUUAUUCACCAUGA